CCCCCUCCCUCCUCCUGCCCCCUCCCUCCUCCCUCGGUGCCGGCUCGGUCUCGCCUCGGCCUCCCGUUCCCUCCUCCCCCUGCCCCGACUCGUCCCCGGCGCGACGGCCCUAUGGCGUACAGUCAGGGUGGCGGCAAGAAGAAAGUCUGCUACUACUACGACGGUGAUAUUGGAAACUAUUACUAUGGACAAGGGCAUCCAAUGAAACCUCAUAGGAUCCGAAUGACACACAACUUGCUCCUAAAUUAUGGCUUGUACAGAAAAAUGGAAAUUUACCGACCCCACAAAGCUACUGCUGAGGAAAUGACCAAGUACCAUAGUGAUGAAUACAUCAAAUUUCUCAGAUCAAUAAGGCCUGACAAUAUGUCUGAGUACAGCAAGCAGAUGCAAAGAUUUAAUGUUGGAGAAGAUUGUCCUGUAUUUGAUGGCCUGUUUGAGUUUUGUCAGCUAUCAACUGGAGGUUCUGUUGCUGGGGCGGUAAAACUGAACAGACAGCAGACAGACAUGGCUGUUAAUUGGGCUGGAGGACUUCACCAUGCUAAGAAGUCAGAGGCAUCUGGUUUUUGUUACGUCAAUGAUAUUGUGCUUGCCAUCCUUGAAUUACUGAAGUAUCACCAAAGAGUGUUGUAUAUUGAUAUUGAUAUCCAUCAUGGUGAUGGUGUUGAAGAAGCAUUUUAUACCACAGAUCGUGUCAUGACAGUAUCAUUCCAUAAGUAUGGUGAAUAUUUUCCAGGCACAGGGGACCUUAGGGACAUUGGUGCUGGGAAAGGCAAAUACUAUGCUGUCAACUUUCCAAUGAGGGAUGGUAUAGAUGAUGAAUCAUAUGGACAGAUAUUCAAACCAAUUAUAUCAAAAGUAAUGGAGAUGUACCAGCCCAGUGCUGUAGUAUUACAGUGUGGAGCAGAUUCAUUGUCUGGUGAUAGGUUGGGAUGCUUUAAUCUUACUGUUAAAGGUCAUGCAAAAUGUGUGGAAGUUGUAAAGACUUUCAACUUGCCAUUGCUGAUGUUAGGAGGAGGUGGAUAUACUAUUCGCAACGUUGCUCGAUGCUGGACAUAUGAAACUGCUGUUGCCUUAGAUUGUGAAAUUCCUAAUGAAUUACCAUACAAUGAUUACUUUGAGUAUUUUGGACCAGACUUCAAGCUCCAUAUUAGUCCAUCAAAUAUGACUAAUCAGAAUACACCAGAAUAUAUGGAAAAGAUCAAGCAACGCUUAUUUGAAAACUUGCGCAUGUUACCUCAUGCACCUGGUGUACAGAUGCAGGCCAUUCCUGAAGAUGCUGUUCAUGAAGAUAGUGGAGAUGAGGAUGGAGAAGAUCCAGACAAACGCAUUUCAAUUCGAGCAUCUGAUAAGCGCAUUGCCUGUGAUGAAGAGUUUUCGGACUCUGAAGAUGAAGGGGAAGGCGGACGGCGAAAUGUUGCAGAUCACAAGAAAGGAGCAAAGAAAGCUAGGAUAGAGGAAGACAAAAAAGAGACAGAGGACAAAAAAGCAGAUGUUAAGGAGGAGGAUAAAUCUAAGGACAACAGUGGUGAAAAGGCAGACACCAAAGGAGCAAAAUCAGAACAGCUCAGCAAUCCUUGAACAAAAGAUAGCCUCACAUCAAUUGCAGAACAUAAUGCUAGAGUUGGGGAAUACCUAAAGGAAGAAGUUUUCAUAUUGAGAAAGACUGCUGAUUUCAUUUUUGUACUAUUUGGCAUGGACUGUAUUUAUUUUCAAACGGCUUUGUUCUGGUUUUUGGCAAGUUGUAUUGUGAGUUUUCUAAUUAUGAGGCAGAAAUUCCUUUCUUCACCAUGCUUUAUGUAAUAGUAUUUAAAAUGGAUGUGAGUUAUGUUAAAUGUCUAAACUGAUCUAUUAAAGUAAUUUGCCUUUCCUGAGCUGAUUUUACCUUUUUUGUAAUUUUAUCUUUAUUAAAAAAAAAAAAAAAGUACUUGGUUGUCUUCUGUCCAUCAUUGAACUAAAAAGGCAAAGCUCCGUGUAAGUUGAACAGACUUACAUUUAUCUGUGAGUAGCUGAUAGAUUUAGAUAGACAGCUGGUGAAUAUUCAAGUUGAACUGUGCUGCUUCAUGUACUUCAAUGGCUGCUGCCAAGAGUGAUGACAAAUAUAAUGAAUACAUGAGAUUUGAACAAGUUGAAUAAAUGGGGGAAGAGGUAUUUGAGUGGUAUGGCUAUACAAACUUGCAUUUUGGUACAGAAUUUUAAAACUCAACAGCAAAAUGCCUUGUGUCCAAGAAUCUUUCCCACCAUCAGUAUCUACUCCCCAAACUGGUUCAAUUGCUGUAAAUUAAAUUUCUAUAAGGUCAUCUUUCAAAAUAUACAAAAUAAGAAGUAAAGGUUUGGCUGUAAAUAAUAAUCUGUCCUGAUUUAUUUUUUUUUUAAUAGCUGUAAGCAUUGUAAAAUGUUGUCCCUGUUUUAAAAACAAAAAUGUUUACUUUUUUCUUUGUUGAUUGCUUAGUUCAUUCUGUUGUCUGAACUGAAACACAGAAAUCUGAGCAUACUUGUUCCUUUUUUUUUCCUCCUCUCAAUCUUUGUUUUCAGGCUUACAGAGCAUUGAAUGCUGAAGUUUUCAGGAUUGCUGUUAAUUUCAAGUAGUUUGUGAAUUAACUGCUGAUCCUGUUGGUAAUUGAAGUUAACUAUGUGUUAAUUAGUGGACUGAAAUACAAUGUUUAAGGAGAGAAGAUACUUUUUAUUUGUACCAAAGAGGUAAAAUGCUGUUUCUUUGUUUUCUUUGAGGAAAAACACAAGGGCCAAGACUGUGGCUGUGGGUAUGUUUGUGAGCAUCUGUGGUCUCCUUUGUGCAUCUAAUGCCUGCUAGCUCUCUAGGGCAAAGGAUAAAAGUUAGAUUUGAGGGACUAUAGGAAGGUCAUGAGUUUGUACCAAAGAGGUGAGAAGUGAUAAAUGAUGCCAUAAGCAUGCCUCUAAGUGCCCUCUGAUAUUUGCAAGGAGUUCAGCACUCUAAAUUCUGUUAGAGAAGUUUUCACAGGGCUGAAAGUGACAAAUAUAUUUGUAUUAUAUAUAUAUAUAUAUAUAUAUAUAUGUCUUAAGGUGGUGGUUUUGUUUAUUUUUUUUAAGUUGAUAUAAACUUUUUUUUGUAUCUGUUAGAGAGAGGGUGUUAGUCCAAGUGACCUGUAGUCUCUGCCAUUGUUACAAGUAUAACAAAAAACUAUUUCUCAGAUAAUGGUGUUGAAAAGGCCAAAUUUCUAACUUUGGAUCACUUCAACACAAAACAAUGAAAUCUAAUGAUGUUAUGAAUGAAACCCAAGAAUACUUGUGAUUGCAACCCCCAAGUAACUCAAAAUUU